AGUGGCUCCAACUAGUCAAUACACUCCAUUUAUUUUCUGUAGAAAAUUAAAUAAGUUUAUUUUCAUUUCUUAUACAUGAUUGUGAAGUAUAUAGUUUUGUACAGAUUACCGUAUAGUUUGUUAAUAAUUAUGCCAACAAAAUUGAAGCAAAGUAAAAAUAUUUAAUAAGAAUUAAAUCGUUUAGCAAUAGACAAUGACAGACAAAUAAAGUUGACAAAAAAAAAAAAUGCAUGUUACAUUUUUACAUCCAGACUUGGGUAUCGGUGGCGCAGAAAGGUUAGUUGUGGAUGCAGCUCUUGCACUCAAGGAAAAUGGCCAAUAUGUUGACUUCGUUACAACACAUCAUGAUCCUAAUCACUGUUUCACUGAAACUAAGGAUGGCACUUUCAAGGUUACCGUCGUCGGUGAUUGGCUACCACGACACAUUUUUGGCAAAUUUUUUGCUUUUUGCGCCUAUGUAAGAAUGAUAUGGGCAGCCCUGUACAUUAUUUUCCAAGCUAAUCAUCCAGAUAUUGUUUUCUGUGAUUUAGUUUCUAUAUGUAUUCCAUUUCUCAAGUUAUGUAUACCAGUGGUUAUUUUUUACUGCCAUCAUCCUGAUCAACUUUUAACAUCUUCUGAAAGCCGAUUAAAAAAAUUUUAUCGUCUACCACUUAACUUUUUUGAAGAAAUUACAACUGGAUUAGCUGACAAAAUAUUUGUUAAUAGUUUGUAUACCAAAUCUGUAUAUAAACAAACUUUUAGAAGACUUAAUGCUGAUUUUACAGAAGUGUUAUAUCCAUCAAUAAAUACAUCUUUUUUUGAUCAAGUAUAUAUAUUUCCAUUAGAAAGGAUAUUAGAUAAGAGAUUUAAUUCAGAUACUUGCUUUUUACUUUCAAUUAAUCGGUAUGAACGUAAAAAAGAGCUUUCUAUAGCAAUUAAAGCCUUAGCUGAUUUAAAGAAAUAUUUAAGUUUAGAAGAAUAUGCAAAUGUAUACUUAAUUAUGGCUGGUGGCUAUGAUAAAAGAGUUGAAGAAAAUGUUGAGUAUUAUCUUGAAUUGAUUGGAUUAGCUGAUGAAUUGGGAGUUACAGAAAAAGUAUUCUUUUUGCGAUCUCCAACAGAUGCAGAGAAAGUUUCAAUUCUUGUAAAUUGUGAUAUAUUAAUAUAUACACCACCUAAUGAACAUUUUGGAAUAGUGCCAUUAGAGGCUAUGUAUGUUUCUAAACCUGUUAUCGCUCAUAAUUCUGGAGGCCCCAAAGAAUCCAUUAUUAAUAAUGUUACUGGUUAUCUUGUAGAAAAGUCAACCUUUUCAGAAAAAUUAUCAAUUUUAGUUAAAAAUAAGUCCCUUAGAUUGCAAUUUGGAGCAGCUGGAAAAAAAUAUUUUAUAGACAAAUUUAGCUUUAAAAAAUUUAGCAAUUGUCUAAUUUCGUCAAUACUUGAUACAUACAUUAACAAAAACCAGUAAUUUACGAGAAAGGUAAUUUCUGAAAAAAUUUUACAAAUUAUUUUUUUUAUUUUUUUUU